GGGGUACUAGACGCAAGUCGGAGCCCGUGACCCACUAAAAUGACGGAGCUCUACGGAUGCGCCCCCGUUUAUGCGGUUCAACAACGACGACAUCGGCGGCAGAUCUCGAGAUGUGUACUCUCGUUACACGUGGUCAACUCACGAGAGUAAAGAUCCUCUAUUCAUCCAUAUUGUUUACCACCGGAACUCAAAAUACUCCUCAACUAUAGUUGUGUCACAUUUUCAGUCCCUGAUCACUCAGCAGAUACCUUCCCAGCGGGCACAUGCGAAUUGCAACCUUGGAAAUCAUUGGGGCUUCCUCCACCUGACAAAUUGGCACCACAAAAGACGCCAACACUGAUGAAGUGGGAUUAGUAGCCUCUGUGCCACCCCCUUUACUUAUUUCUGUCGCAUUUUGCAUCGGGUCAACUUGCCUUUAGUCCGUCAUGGCCCCAACCGAAGCGUCCGCCGGUAGUGCCGGCCAGGAUCGUGGUAUCAGGAUAGCCAUCGACCGCGGCGGCACAUUCACAGACUGCGUGGGUACGCUCAACGGCAAAGACGUCGUUAUCAAGCUUCUCUCCGAGGACCCGGCAAACUACGACGAUGCUCCGCUUGAAGGUAUCCGGCGCAUAAUGAGCCAUUUCCUGGACAGGGACAUCCCCCGUGGGGAGGCUCUCGACACAAAACAAAUAGAGAGCAUCCGCAUGGGAACCACGGUCGCCACUAAUGCCUUGCUAGAGCGCAAGGGCGAGAAGAUUGCUCUUGUGGUCACUCAAGGAUUCAAGGACUGCCUGACGAUUGGUAACCAGAGCCGGCCCAAGAUUUUUGAUCUGGCGAUCCGAAAACCAGAUGUGCUCUACGAGGAAGUCGUUGAGAUAGACGAGCGCGUCACACUCGAGGACUAUGCAGAAGACCCCGAGCGCAAUCUUUCCAAGUCGGACGUAAAGGCCAGCACCGACGAGGCCAAAACAGCAGACCUCGUCAUGGGCUUGUCCGGCGAGGCAGUGCGGAUCCUGCAGCGACCUGAAGAGCAGAGGAUCAAGGACCAGCUGCAGGAGGUCUACGACAAAGGUAUACGCAGCAUAGCCGUGUGCCUGAUGCACGGCUACACGUUCCCGGACCACGAGGCUCUCAUCGGCAAAGUCGCCCGUGAUAUUGGAUUCGAGCACAUCUCGCUGAGCCACGAGCUCAUGCCGAUGAUCAAGCUCGUCUCCCGCGCCACGAGCGUGUGUGCGGACGCGUACCUGACGCCCGCCAUCAAGAAGUACAUCUCGGGUUUCCAGAAGGGCUUCGCGGGCGGCCUGGGUACGCGCAGCGUGCUCGAGGAGGCGGGUAGCAAGGGCGCGCGGUGCGAGUUCAUGCAGAGCGACGGCGGGCUCGUCGACGUCGAGAAGUUCACGGGCCUAAAGGCCAUCCUGUCCGGCCCUGCGGGCGGCGUGGUGGGCUACGCCAUCACGAGCUACGACGAGGAAACCAAGGUGCCCGUCAUCGGCUUCGACAUGGGCGGCACGAGCACGGAUGUGUCGCGCUAUGGCCAGGGCCGAUACGAGCAUGUCUUUGAGACAACGACCGCAGGUGUGACCAUUCAGUCGCCGCAGCUCGACAUCAACACCGUCGCCGCCGGUGGUGGCAGCAUGCUGUUUUUCAGAAACGGGUUGUUCGUGGUCGGGCCGGAGUCUGCGGGUGCGCAUCCCGGUCCUGCGUGCUACCGGAAGGGAGGACCGGCGGCGGUCACCGAUGCCAACUUGUUCCUGGGUCGCCUGCUUCCGGAGUUCUUCCCCAAGAUCUUUGGAAAGAACGAGGACGAGGGCCUGGACCUUGAGGCGAGCAAGAAGAAGAUCCAGGAGCUCGCCGACCAGAUCAACCAAGAGACGGGCAAGAACAUGAGCCUAGAUGAGGUUGCGUACGGCUUCCUCACAGUGGCCAACGAGGCCAUGACGCGACCAAUCCGUUCUAUCACCGAGGCAAAAGGGCACGACUCCUCCAAGCACCGCCUCGCGACGUUCGGCGGGGCCGGCGGCCAGCAUGCGGUAGCCAUCGCCGAGUCCCUGGGCAUCCGCCAAAUCUUGAUCCACAGGUACUCCUCCGUGCUGUCGGCAUAUGGCAUGGCGCUAGCAGAUGUCGUGGAUGAGAGGCAGGAGCCCGACUCGACGGUGUGGAAGGACGAGGGAUCCGUGGUGGACGACCUGAGGACCAAGAUGGACAAGCUCAAGGAGAAAUCACGCAAGGCGCUCAAGGACCAGGGCUUCGCCGACAACGAGAUCGUCUUUGAGGAGUACCUCAACAUGCGAUACCGCGGUACCGAGUCUGCGCUGAUGAUUGUCAAGCCCAGCAAGGAGGACGCGGACAAGAACUUUGACGGACAGGAGUGGGCCUUUGGCAGAGCCUUUGUCCGGCACCAUCGAUACGAGUUUGGCUUCACGCUGGAUGAGCGGGACAUCAUCAUCGACGAUGUUCGCGUGCGCGGUAUCGGCAAGAGCUUCACGUACAAGGACAAGACGGUCGAUCAGCAGCUCAAGCAGGUGAAGCGGCAAUCUGUCGAUGAUGGCAAGCGUCAUAGCACGUCGCAGGUAUAUUUUGAGGGAGGCCGCCUGGACACGCCGGUGUAUAAGCUCGAGGACUUGGCUGUCGGCGAUGAGAUAGAGGGCCCUGCCAUGUUGGCCGAUGGCACUCAGACGAUUGUCGUGACGCCCAAGGCCAAGGCCAUGAUUCUGGAGACACAUGUCGUGAUUGACCUCGAGAAAGCAGGCAAGGAUGACUCUCAAAAGCAAGGCGCUGCAGACCGGGAAGUCGACCCCAUUAUGCUGAGCAUCUUUGGGCACCGCUUCAUGGCUAUUGCCGAGCAGAUGGGGCGGGCGUUGCAGAAGACCAGUGUCAGCACCAACGUCAAAGAGCGUCUGGACUUUUCCUGUGCCAUUUUUGACGCCACGGGUGGUCUCGUAGCCAACGCCCCUCACCUGCCGGUACACCUGGGCUCCAUGUCAACAUGUGUUCGGACUCAGGCCAAGAUCUGGGAGGGCAAGCUGAAGAAGGGCGACGUCAUCAUCUCGAACCACCCGUCGUACGGAGGUACACAUCUUCCCGACAUCACGCUCCUGAUGCCAGCUUUCAACGAAGCUGGCGACAAAAUCUUGUUCUAUGCUGCCUCGCGGGCCCAUCACGCAGACAUUGGCGGCAUCACGGCCGGAAGCAUGCCGCCACACUCGCGCGAGCUGUAUCAGGAGGGCGCGGCGAUCAAGAGCGAGAAGAUCGUUAGCGAGGGCAAGUUCAGCGAAGAGCGCAUCACCGAGCUACUGUACAAGGAGCCUGCGCAAUAUCCCGGGUGCAGUGGCACCCGCUGCCUGGCAGACAACAUCAACGACUUGAGGGCGCAGGUGUCGGCGAACCAGAAGGGCAUCUCGCUCAUCGAGGGCCUCAUCGGCGAGUACGGAGAGGACACGGUGCAGUUCUACAUGGAGCACAUCCAGCACAAUGCCGAGUCGUGCGUGCGGACGCUGCUCAAGCAGGUGUACAAAAAGUUUGAAGGCAAGGACUUGUCGGCGGUGGACUACAUGGACGACGGCAGCCCGAUCCGGCUCAAGGUGACGAUUGACCCGGACAAGGGCGAGGCCGUGUUCGACUUUGCCGGCACCGGGCCCGAGGUGUAUGGCAACAUCAACGCCCCCGAGGCCGUGACGUACAGCGCCAUCAUCUACUGCCUGCGGUGCCUCAUCUCGGAGGACAUCCCGCUGAACCAGGGCUGCCUGAAGCCGAUCCACGUCAAGAUCCCGCCGCGGUCGCUGCUGUCCCCGUCCACGGGCGCCGCCGUGGUCGGCGGCAACGUGCUCACCUCCCAGCGCGUGACGGACGUCAUCUUCCGCGCCUUCGAGGCCUGCGCGGCGUCCCAGGGCGACUGCAACAACCUCACCUUUGGCUUUGGCGGCAACGUCACGGGCGAGAAGGAAGUCAAGGGGUUCGGCUACUACGAGACCAUUGCUGGCGGCUCUGGCGCGGGGCCGGACUGGGAAGGGACCAGCGGCGUGCACACGCACAUGACCAACACGCGGAUCACGGACUCGGAGGUCUUUGAGCGGCGGUACCCAGUGCUGCUGCGCGAGUUCAGCAUCCGUGCUGGGUCAGGUGGCAAAGGCCAGCACAGCGGCGGCGACGGCGUGGUGAGGGACAUCGAGUUCCGCAUCCCCGUGCAGGUGUCUAUCCUCAGCGAGCGCAGAGUGUAUAGGCCGUAUGGUCUUGCUGGUGGCGAGGACGCGCAAUGUGGGCUGAAUGUGUGGGUGCGGAGGGUGCGCAAGGAAAACGAGACGUCGGAGAAUGGGGGCGACGACGACGACGAGUACGACGUGCGGCACAUCAACAUGGGCUCGAAGAACAGCGCGCCCAUGAACCCCGGGGACCGCAUCAUCAUCAACACGCCCGGUGGCGGAGGCUGGGGCAAGGCUGGCGAGGCGAAGCGCGACAAGAGAUUCGGGCAGAGGGACCAUACUGACUCCUGGCGCAAGGGCAGCCAUACAAACCGCGAGGACACUGCGCUGCAGGCGUAAAGUUAGGGUGGGACAGGAUGUGUUGAUUGUGCUCUGGGUGACCUGUCAGACUGAGUUUCCGUAGCAUGGAGAAGGGCAAUAGCAAAUACGCAAAUGGAAUGUGGUUUCGUGCAA